ACUAGAUUCCAAAUUUGCCCUAAAAAAACAAUUUUUUUGUAAUUCAAUUAUUCGACACAACCAAUCCCAUCGCUUGCUCUUCACGUCCACCCUCCAUCUUUCUUCGUGAUUGAGAGAAUCUUCAAAGAGAGAAAGCUACUUUUUUUUGUGUGAAAUUCACAAAACAACCAAGCUUCUUCUUCUUGUCCAGUUCCUACAGAAUCAUGCCUGAGAAGAACAUUGUAGAGGAUGUUAUCGGUGAUUUGGUGGAUAACUUCACGGAGACUGUUCAGAAGAACAAACAUGGUUCCUCCUUCUUCGAACAAGAAGAUUCCGUCAGUUCUCGUUUCAACCGUUUGUUUGGUCGUCAGAAGCCAAUUCACAAUAUCUUAGGUGGUGGUAAAUCUGCUGAUGUGUUGUUAUGGAGGAACAAGAAGAUCUCUGCAAGUGUUUUGAUGGGAGCUACUGCAAUUUGGGUGCUUUUUGAAUGGAUCAAUUUCCAUUUUCUGUCUCUCCUCUGCUACGCCCUCUUGCUUGGUAUGAUCGCCCAAUUCGUUUGGUGUAAUGCCUCAGGGUUCCUAAACCGCUCACAGUCUAGAGUGCCUCGGCUUGUUCUUCCAAAGGAUUUCUUUGCUGAAGUAGGUGUGGCCAUUGGAAAAGAAGUUAACCGCGGUUUGUUGUUUCUACAGGACUUGGCUUGUAAAGGGAAUAUGAAACAGUUCCUCAUGGCUAUAAUCGGACUAUGGGUAGCCGCAAUGGUCGGGAGCUGUUGCAAUUUCCUAACUGUUUUGUACAUCGGGUUUGUUGGGGCACACACAAUGCCGGUUCUGUAUGAGAGAUACGAAGACGAAGUGGAUGGUUUUAUGGAUUCUCUGAUCAUGAAGUUUCAUAGUCACUACAAGAAGCUUGAUACUGGUUUUCUCAGUAGAAUCCCAAGUGGAAAGUUUGGAUUAAAGAAGCGUGAGUGAGACUAAAUCAAUCAAGCUUCUUUAUUGAUUGUUAGAACAAUAUGGAUUAUGGUUUGCUAAAUGAAUGUUUUGAGAAUAUUCGUUCAUUCAUGUAGAUUUUGUGUAUUGAAUAUUUUUUGUAAUUUCCUUACAAAGAUUACUAUUGUAUCUCCUUGGUUAAAUUUUUAUACUACAAGUUAAUAGAGAACUCCUUAGCUCAA